AUGAAGCUGAUUAUACAAGAGCAGAACUCCGUGCCCGGGAUCGCAAAUUUGGUUCUUUCCUUAUUCGCUGACAAAAUCUGUGUGGCCUUCGAUUCGAGCGUGGAAUGUUUCUGGGCCUGGCAGAGGGAUAAGUGCGUUGUCUGUGGGAAUCCGGUGAGGCUGUCAUUGGUGAAUGGAACCUCCAAGGCGGCGGCUAGGCGGCAUUUCUUUCCUGCCGUGGAGGUGGAGAAGGUGGUGGUGAUUCUUGGAGGGUCCCUAGGCGCCAAUGCCAUCAACAUUGCUUUGUUCAAUGUGUAUUUGCAGAUGUUGUCUGAGAAUGAUGGACUGUCCAUUAUAUGGCAGACGGGCACGGACGCCUUCCCGGAGAUGGAGAGCCUUGUCACCACUUAUCCUAGCCUACUUCUUUCGCCGUCAGUUUGGAAGGUGAAUGAUGUUGUGGCAGCUUGUGAGAUUGUCAAUUGCAGCGGCGUAGAGGUGCAAUGUCAGGUAAAAGCACUAACAUUCCCUUAG